AUGCACGCCACGCCAUCGACCGAGCCGCCGCCGCGCGACACGUACACCGCGCGCGGUCUGCGCUACGCCCGCGCGUACGACGCGCGAUGCCUCCAUCGCGUGCGCGCGUCGCGGGACGGGACGACCGUGCUCGAGGUGUUGGAGACGCAGGUUGGCCGGUUCGCCGGGCGCGCGCGCGAGGGCGUCGGCGACGACGGCGUCGAUCCCCGGUGGACGCGCGCGCUCGAGCUCGAUCGCGUGCGCGUGCGCGAGAGUGCGACUGGGGCGUGGACGCGCGCGUCGCUGGACGCGCGCGUGCGGACGGGGAUGGUGAUCGAGACGACGCGACACGUGCACGAGCGGGCGACGGCGGCGGCGACGCCGCGGGUGGUGUUCGAGCGCGACGACGGAACGGGGAUCGUUGGGGUGGAGAAACCGGGAGGGGUGCCGGUGCUCGCGGGUGUGAGCGCGCCGGGGGUGUCGGGACGGUUGAAUUGCGUGGCGUUGGUGUCGGCGAGGCGACGACGGGAGGUCGAGGCGCGGCGGGCGACGACGGACGAGACGACGUCGAAACGCGCGCGCGUGGACGAUGGCGCGGACGAUGGCGCGGACGAUGGGCGCGUGUGGGCGGUGAAUAGAUUAGAUGCGCCGGUUUCUGGGGUGUGGCUGUGCGCGACGAGCGUCAAGGCGUCGCUCAAGGCGAGGGAGUGGUUGUCAAAGCCUGGUACGUCGACGAAGACGUACCUGGCGCGCGUGAGUAAAGGGUCCGCGCUGACGACGCCCGACGGGGGAUUACGCAUCGACGCGCCGCUGUGGAAGAAUGCGAAGACGUCCGUGGCCGAGCUGAGACCCGAGAGCGAGGGUGGGAAGCCGUGCGCGACGCGCAUUUUUCUGUUGGAGCGUUUCGAAGACGACGACACCGCGCUCGUCGUCGCUCGACUCGAGAGUAACGGAAGGUAUCACCAGAUACGCGCGCACCUUGGAUCGAUCGGGCAUCCGAUAGCGAACGACGCGACGUACAACGACGACGUUUCGGCGGACGACGAGACCUCGUUCGCCGGUCGAGCGUACGACGACGACGAAAGCGGCACCAUCGCCGCCGCGCUCGCGGCGGAUCGAGAUCCGACGUGUCCCGAGUGCGAUGCCCUCAUCGCGCUCACCGCGUCGAAAGAUCGCUCGCGCAAACCCCUCGCGGCGAAGAUCAUCUGGCUCCACUCCCUGCGAUACCAGUUCGUCGUUCGAGACGUCGCGUUCGACAUUCGAAGCGACUCGAUCCCAGCCUUCGCUCGACGACCGCCCGAUCUCUCCGUCGACGACUUCAUCGCCCAGCUCCCGGACGCUUCGUGA